AUGACCAGGCCCUUGAUCGUCAGAGCGGACACGAUUGACUUGCAACAUCACCACGCCCCCUCGACCCAGGAUCACUCCGCACCCCGAGGUCAUACGGGUCAUACGAUAUCCCGAAACCCCUUCUCCAACCCUCCUGUGCUGCUCGCUCCGCACCAGGCCGAGACCCUUCGCGAAGUCGCCCACGAGACCGCCAUCGCGCAAUCCCGCAGUCCCUGGGCUGCCUCCGACAAAGACAACGGCCGACCGAACGCUGAAAAUAUUGCCGACGGCAUGGACGUGUAUCAGCAACACCAGCACCAGCAGGACUCGCUGGCCGUCGCCCAGAAUGGCGGCAUGGCCGACGACGACGACAUCGAGGAGGAUGGCGACCUCGAUGACGACAUGAUGGAUCGCAUCUCCAGUUCGCCUUCCAUCGAAGAUGAGGACAUUGAUUUCGAAUUCGUUUACGCCCUCCACACCUUUGUGGCCACCGUCGAGGGCCAAGCCAAUGCAACCAAGGGCGACACCAUGGUUCUGCUAGACGAUAGCAACAGCUAUUGGUGGCUGGUUAGAGUAGUCAAGGAUAGUAGCAUUGGCUACCUACCAGCCGAACACAUUGAGACGCCUACCGAAAGGCUCGCUCGUUUGAACAAGCACAGGAACAUUGAUCUCUCCGCCACCAUGUUGACCGAUCAGCAACAAGUGCAAAAACCAAAGACUGGCUUUUCCAUUGGCAUCAAGAAAAAGGCAACAGUCGCUUUUGCAGAGCCCACCUAUCACGACUACUCUGACCACGACUAUUCUUCGGAAGAAGAAGACCUUAAUGAGAUGCUAGACGCUACCCAGACGAAGCAACAGUCGGCAUCCGAUGGCGACCCUGCCGAUGACAGCGCCAGAGUGGAACCGCUCAAGACCAAAUCAUCCAAAGGCGCCAAGCCAUCGGAUCAAACCCUCGACGAGUCCUCUGACGAAGAAGAUUUGCGAGGAAGCCUCGACAUUGUGGAGAAGAAAGGCCCCAGCAUAUCUCGCAACGGCAACAUCAGGAACACCGACUCUUUCUUUAAGGACGAAACAGCCGAGACCAAAAAGAUCACCCUUACGCCUAACUUGCUGCGGGAUGACGCCCCUCGGGAGUCCACCGACUCUGUCGGCAAGUCUCGGACAAGCUUGGACAGGCUCGAAAAGGAGCUCAUGUCCGACAAGGACAGGAAGAAGAGCAAGGACAAGAAGGAAAAGGAAAACAACAAGGACAAGAAACCGGGUGGUCUCCGAGGCUUCUUUUCGAGAAAAGACAAAAAGAGGUCGCCCGACGACGACGGGCUCGAGAGCGAGCCACGCGACAGCGAGGAGCGCUUCUCAGAGGAGCAUUCAUCUCCCGAAAAGGCCAGGCAGCCGGCCAAGCUGCACAAGCCUCAAGCCCGGAUCGAGCCAACCGUCAACAACAAGGCGCCCCAGGCUUCCACCGUGGAGCUUGCCUCGUACUUGGCGGAAAGCCGCAUCAACGACGUCUCCAAUGUUCCCCCACCCUCGAUGCGCAUCGUCAACCCCGAAACGAACGAGACGCAUGAAGUCCCAUCACACCAGCCUCCUCGCGGCCGCCCAUCCCUGGAUCAGCCGCUUUCUCCCACCUCCCGCCGAGGCGAAGUGGUUCCUAGUCCCAGAUCUGCCACCGCACCGCGUGCGCUCAACCACCUGGAUCUAUCCGAUUCUGAUGAUGAGUCAGAUGACGGCGAAAACAUUCUGGAUCGGAUGCCUCAGCCCAGCAGCUCCAAGCCCGGGGCCCCCAAGGCACCCCAGGAGGAAGAGGUGGAAGAGCCCAUCAUCCCGGGCACUUUCCCCGAUACCAAUCCGUUUUCUCCCAAUUACAGACCUUCCCCUUCACCGCAACCCCCAACCAAGCCAGAGACUCGCCCAGCCGCGGAACCAUCUCCCGUGUCUCCGGUUACCUCAUCAGAGCCACCUGCUCUUAUGGUAGACACUUCGUCUCCAGAGGACCGUUCACCUUCUGUAUCGCCCUCUCCAGAACUUACCCAGUCUGCGGAGGAUCGAUCCAAGAGCAGCUCCUCUUCCACGGGAAGCAAGGAACCGACCUGGGACGACAUGAAGCUUCGUGCCUUUUUUGACGAGCCCGAGCAUAUCCGCGAUCUCUUGGUCGUGGUGUACGACAAGACGGAUGUGGUGCCCGCGAGCAGCGAUCAUCCAGUUGUAGGUCCCCUCUUCCGGGAGCAGAAUGCCAAGUUGGCAGAGAUAACAACGCAACUUGACAACAUGCUUGGAGAUUGGUUGGCAAGGAAACAACGCACUCGAGGAUCCCGCUGA